CAAUGCAAAUAAGCGGAGAUGCAACAAACGCGAUUCUUUUAUAGUCCCUUCAGGCUGCCAACGUGUAUUGAUACGCCGAGAAGUUACUAACCAAAUUUAAAGUGAUUCAAUGAUGAACUGAGAGCAUGAUUCUAUUGAGUGUCGCCAGAUCCAGGUCAUUGCUUGACUUGCAAAUUCCUCAAUGGCGAAGGCUCUUCUCGCAAAGUGUGCCUCGAAACUCGUCAGACCCUUUGCGCAUCCUUUUCUGCGGAUCAGACGAGUUCAGUUGCGCUUCUCUGACAGCUCUUCAUGAAGAGCAUCGCCAGAAUAAGAAGCUCGUUGAAUCGGUGGAUGUUAUGGUUUUGCCGCCAAGACGCAUGGGAAGAGGGUUCAAAACACUGAGAGAAGUACCUUGUAAGUUGCUGGCAGAAAACUUGAGAUUGAAUAUUCACCAGCGUAAAACCUUCACAGGAUGGGAUCUCCCUGAAAGAACAAAUCUUGUGAUAGCAGUGUCCUUCGGACUAUUCGUCCCGCCUAGGAUCUUGACUUCGGCCAAAUACGGCGGCCUCAACGUGCAUCCUUCUCUGCUCCCCGAUCUUCGUGGACCUGCUCCCAUCCAUCAUGCGAUCCUCAAAGGAUACGACUACACGGGAAUUUCUUUGCAAACACUAGACCACAGAAUCUUCGAUCAUGGAACUGUACUUUCUCAAACUCCUCGCCCCGGAGUAUCGAUACCUCCAGGUUGCACCGUCCAAGAACUCACAAACCUCCUGGCACCAGUUGGAGCGCAAAUGUUAAUUCAAGGUCUACGAGAUGGAGUCUAUGUGACGCCGCGCCAGAAUAAAGGAUGGAGAGCAGAAGAACUCAGUGAAGAGCAGCUUGUCCACGCGCCCAAGGUCACAAAGGCUGAUGGACAUAUCGAAUGGACUAAGUGGACAGCGGAUGAGAUUGUGCGAAGGGUACGAGUUCUUGGAUCUGUAUGGACUCACGCUGUCAAUAAGAAGGGAGAUACAAAGCGUCUGAUUUUCCAAGAUGUUGAGAUCAUAUCUUCAAAGGAUAUCAGGAAUGAUGGAGCAAAAGUCCGGCUCAUUGAGGGCACUGAGGGUAUCUUUGAGACUCGGGUAUGGGAUCAAGGCGAUGGUAGCUGUGCUAUCCGCACUCUGGACGACAGCAUGAUUCAUGUGAAGAAGAUUAAGGAGGAAGGGAAGUCGGAGCGUAAUGCGAUGGUGGGACUGAGGGGCUACAUCGCUGAUGACCAAAUCUAGGCCCAGGUUUUGAGAUCUAUUCUAUUUGUGAACAUUAGAAUCAGGUUAUGAGUCGUGUAGAGGAAAGAGAUGGUUUGUGCCAUGGCAGCAUAAGUC